AUGGAAGCUAGAAUUCUCUCUUGUACUACUUUUGGAGACGAUAAGGUCGUGAAGAUUGUUGUCCCGAAUCAUCGAGCAAUCUCCAAAUACAAAGCCGGAGAAAACGAGACAACCAUUGUUGUUUCUGACCGUACUUGCUCGGAGAAAGAUGUUGAAGAAAUUAAGAAGUUUUGUGAGAAGCUCGGUUACGUCUACGAAGGCAGACUUGACCAAGAAUACUCUCAAACCAACACUGGACCUGGUUUGGUCUGA